AUGGCGGAGCGCGAGCCGCCCUCAUCGCCGCCGGGUUACGUGCCCGGGGACUCGGACUCGGAGUCUCCGGACAUCGCGACGCGACGACGGGAUCCGCCGCCGGGGCCGGUGGUGGAGAGCGUGAGCCCUGGCGAACGGGCCCGAGGGAGGGGGGAUUCCGGGGAGGAGGGGAGAGAUCUCGACGAUUAUGACAAUUCCGGCGGGGGAAGCGGCGACCCCGCCACGCCCGGCACGAUAUCCUUCCGGUCGGGGCUCGAGCUGAUUCACAACGUCAAAGAGGGUAGCGAGUGCAGGAUAUGCCUCAUGGAUCACACCCCGUUCUGCAAGCCGUGCAGGUGCCAGGGCACCAUGGGCCACGUGCACCCCGAGUGCCUGGCGAGGUGGUGUCGCGAGACCGGGGUGACGAAGUGCGAGCUGUGCCACAGCACGUUUCCCCAGUACUUCAUCGACGCGGGUAAGCGGACGAGGCGCGUGCGCGAACGCGAGCAGGCGGACGCGCAGGAGGCGUCGGAGCGCCUCGCCGCGCAGACGGCCAACUUCCAAGUCGCCUACGGCAGGCCGCCCACGACGGCGAUGGACUACGCCGUCAUCAACCUCAACUCCAUGCUCGAGGCCGAGGCCGCCAUGCGACAGCGCCAACGCGAGAACAACGGCGUGGAGGACAGGCAGUUCAACGAGAGCAUGAGGGUCGUGGUCAUAGACUCCUCGGGGCGGCCCCAGGCGGUGAGCAUGGGCGAGCUACGCGGCGCGAGCGGCGGCGGCGGCGGGCUCGGGCUCCAACCUGUCGGCGACCAGAACUACGACCUCGACCGGGCCAUCGUGAACCACCAGCUCAGCUUCUGGGCCCGGAUCGUGGUGUCGACGCUGUGCGUGUUUCUCGUGCUGUACAUCAUCGUGGCGAUCGUCGCGGCGUCCUCGGACGCGGGUCGCGAUUCCUAUCCGGUUUUCAUCUUCAGACUGCUGGGGUUCAUGCUGCCGCUGCUCCUGAUCGCGAGGGCGGUGUACGUCUUCAGGCGACGUCGGGAGCAGGCGAUGAUCAACACGGUCAACGACAUGUUCAUCCGGCAUCACGCGCAGACGGCGGAGGUGAGGCCGGCGGCGGGGGGGGGGAACGGCGCCCGGGAACAACGCGGGACCCGGCGGCUUCUCGACGUGUAA